GAAACAACAUGGAAUCGACAACUGUCUAAAAUCAGUUACUUUGUAGACGCGUUUGUCGGUUGUAUUAAGUUGUAUUUUUGAAUUUCUCAAUUAUUUCCUACCUCAUGUUCAGUUAACUAAGCCUGAAACCUUCUUCCUAGCACGCAAAACCCGCCCAAACAAAGUGAAUUUCGAGAAUGUGUUGAAGUUCGAAAACCUAACCUGACAAACUGUCUAUCUGAAAGUUUGUGAUAGUGAUUGGCGACAAGUUUAAAGAGUUUCCUGUGAGAAUCCGAAAAGGCACGCCACGGACUGUGAAACGGUACAAGUGAAUCAAAUUUACUGUUACGACCUAGUUUUGUGAUACUACCAGCACAAGUCUUCGGCUCAAGUCAGCUCGUUAUUCGGGGAAUAACUCAAUUUUUUAAAUAUGUACUUGGUGUAAUUCAACGCAAUCAGGCAAAAUGCGGUCCCAUAAAAAAACCAAAGAAAGUGGCUUUUUCGAAGGUGAUUCCUCGGACACAGAUGGUUGUUUUAACAUGGGUAAAAGGACAUGUACUACAUCUAGUGAUUGUCCUAAAAAGAUUAAGUACAAGGACGAGGACUACGACAACCCAAUUAGGACACCACAGCACGACAAAGUUAAUCUGUCAGGAGUGGACCGAGUCAAUAUGUCCCACUUCGAUCUGCUCAAAGUUCUUGGAACAGGAGCGUACGGUAAAGUAUUCCUAGUGCGAAAACGCGGCGGUGCCGACAACAAUCGUCUCUAUGCCAUGAAAGUACUGAAAAAGGCGACGAUAGUGCAGAAGAAGAAAACGACGGAGCACACAAAGACCGAACGCCAAGUCCUAGAAGCCGUCCGAGACAAUCCGUUUUUAGUUACACUGCACUACGCCUUCCAAACGGAUGCCAAAUUACACCUAAUCCUCGACUAUGUGGCCGGAGGAGAACUAUUCACACAUUUAUACCAAAGAGAGCAUUUUACAGAAGAUGAAGUCCGCAUUUACAUAGGGGAAAUUAUUUUAGCACUCGAACGCCUCCACAGUUUGGGUAUCAUAUACAGGGACAUCAAGCUAGAAAAUAUCUUAGUCGACGAAUCGGGACACAUCGUCCUCACUGAUUUCGGAUUGAGCAAAGAACUACCUAGGGAAGGUGACAAUGACCAGCGGGCGUACUCUUUUUGUGGCACAAUCGAGUAUAUGGCACCCGAAGUGGUCAAGGGAGGCACCCAAGGACACGAUAUUGCCGUUGACUGGUGGUCCGUGGGCGUACUGACUUACGAAUUAUUGACUGGAGCUUCCCCUUUCACCGUCGAGGGUGAAAAGAACACUCAACAAGAAAUCUCCAGACGAAUCCUAAAAACUACUCCGCCGAUACCUGAUUCUUUAGGAAAAGAUGUAGCCGAUUUUAUUAGUAAAUUAUUAGUCAAGGAUCCAAGAAAGCGAUUAGGUGGUGGCGAAGGAGACGCCAAAGAACUGAAAAAGCACUCAUUCUUCAAGAGUCUGGACUGGGAGAAGUUGGCCAGGAAGGAGAUCCCGGCGCCUUUCAAACCAGUUAUUAGGAGCGAACUGGACGUGUCAAACUUCAGCGAAGAAUUCACCCAAAUGCCUCCAACCGACUCACCAGCCGUCGUUCCUCCAAACUACGAUAAAAUCUUCAAGGGCUAUUCAUACGUUGCGCCCUCUGUCCUCUUCACCAAAAACGCCAUCUCGGACGAGAUCCUCAAACCGGCCAAACAGCACGAUAGUACAAAACUGAUCAGUUGCAAAAUCAACAAUUCGCAAUUCUUCCAAACGUACGACAUCGACCUAAACGAGCCAAUUUUAGGCGAUGGCACCUUUUCAGUAUGUCGUAAAUGUGUCAACUUACAAACGGGUAAAGAAUACGCUGUGAAAAUCGUCAGCAGGAAAAAAGAUUGCUCACAAGAGAUUAAUCUAUUGCGCGCCUGUCAAGGCCACCCAAACAUCGUCACUCUCCACGAUGUUAUCCAAGACGAAGCGCACACCUACCUGGUCUUGGAGUACCUCAAAGGUGGCGAACUGUUCGAACGCAUUCGGAAAAAAUCGAAAUUCACCGAAUCGGAAGCAUCGGGGAUUUUACGCAAGUUGGUAUCGGCUGUGAGCUUCAUGCAUUCGUGUGGUGUCGUCCAUCGGGACCUUAAACCGGAGAAUUUGGUUUUUACCGAUGAUGACGACAGUGCUGAGAUUAAGGUGAUUGAUUUUGGCUUUGCGAGGCUCAAGCAGGAGAAGGAGUCGUUGCAUACGCCGUGUUUCACCCUUCAUUACGCCGCCCCUGAGGUGCUAAAGGGUGACCCGGAAGGGUACGACGAAAACUGUGAUUUGUGGAGUUUGGGGGUGAUUCUCUACACGAUGCUGUGCGGGAAGGCACCUUUCCAUGCACGUUCAAGGGACGAAAACGUCUCUUCCAUCAUGGAGCGCAUCAAAGAGGGCGAUUUUAAUUUCAAUUCGUCGGCUUGGACCGGUGUUAGCAACGAGGCCAAGUCGGUGGUGAGGGGGCUCCUGACCGUGAACCCGGGCCAAAGGCUGCGCAUGAGCCACCUGGAGACCAACCCCUGGGUGCAAGGGAGCCAACAUUUCGUCUCAACCCCCUUGAUGACGCCCGAUGUGCUGCUGGAAACCGCCCCCGAGAAGAGUCUCCAGACCACGUUCAACGCCUUCCACAAGGCGCAGCGUGAGGGCUUCCGGCUCCAGGACGUGUUCAGUGCCAAGCUGGCGCAGAGGCGAAGGAUGAAGAAGAGCUCCUCCGGUGACAACAGCACCUCCUCGUCCAGUUUCACGAGUGAAGGCUCUCUAAAAAGCGGACCAAAACUAUCUGUUGACGUCAAAAAGACUGAUAAAGUCGCACUCGGAGGCAACGUUUUCAACUUUGGGGAAAACCGAGUGACGGAGUUUCUGGAGACGAUGAGUUCGAAUCCCCUGGACCCGGAAACGGUGUCUCCGUGCCGGGAGUCGACGAGUUCCAGUGGCAUCGUGAUGUCGGAUAAGAAUUCGGUGGAUACGAAGGUGGUGGGGAGGAAGAGGCAGAAGAAGGUUUACGUGCAGACGAGGUGGAGCGAACGCAUUCGCAGGAGACAGCGCCAGGAGAUUGACCUCGAUCCGGUUCCUGUGAAACACAACAGGAAGCGGAAGGUUGACGAAAGAGAGAGUAUAGAGUCGACAUCGUCGAGUUCGAAGAGGAAAAAGACGAUGGCGCCGCUUAGGAAAUCAAAAAAAAGCAAAAUCGGUCGAUAGGUAAUUAUUCAAUUCGUUAGGUGUGAUCUUUCAAAAGACAUUAACGGUGGAACCAAAGCUCGGCCCUCUCGUGGGAAGUAUUUGUGUACAUAGUGCGGUGGUUUAUGCAAUAAUUGGGGCAGGCGGGGCUUUGGCUCACCGCUAUUGCGAUUGUGAUAAAAUGUUAACCUUAAAAUGCUGAUGAAUUCGAUUGAUGAUCACAUUUAGUGUUAAGUUCCAUUUAGGUAAAUCAUUAUCAUUAAGUGCACUUCUUAGGCUGAAUCUUAAUUCAUUAAAAUACCAAAAAGUUGUAAAUAAAAUUAUAUAGUUUUUUUGUAAGUUACUUUGUGUUUUAUACAAGUCUCAUCUAAAGAAUUUUAUUAGAGAAACGGUUGCAAUUAAUAUUGAUGUUUGGAACGGAAUCGCUUAAAAUAAUGUUGAUUAUGUAUUUUUAGAGCCUCUGAAUUUUACCUGCGAGUAAAAAACGAAUGUUUGUUGUGUCUGGUGUUGAUAUCUUUUAUCAUUAUUUAUUUUCAUUCUAUUUAUUCUUCCUGUUACCUAACUAUGAAACACUUGUUUAAAGUUUAUUGUUAUUGUUAUGUAUAAUAUGCAACACUUCAAGCUGAAUGGAUCAUAGUGAAAAUAAUGUGUUUCUAGCAUUCAAUUACCUGGUCUAUGUUUUAGUCAAUAUUGUUAGUUAUGGGUUACAAUGUAAGUUGAUCCAAUUGAUUAUUUAUAAUUUUGCACUCAGGUACCGUUCUUAUUAUUAUUAUUAUUACAAAUCACUAAUUUGUAGUAUUUUCAUUACUUAUUUAUAGAAGAUUUGUUUGUAUAUUUGUUUCAAAUUUAUCUCAAUAUUUUUUAAAUAAUUUCUUUUGCAUAAGAACUACUUAUGAUUAUGUAAAGCAAAGUGUAUAUUCAUACGAAAUGAUGGAGACCAAGUGGACAGUGCCUUUCCUCUUUCAAGAGGCUGUCAUGCUUGAAGGCAAAAUUUAUAUUACUGUAACAUGCCUUAAUUAUGUUAGUAUUAAAUAUUUUGAUUCUUUA